GCGGGCAGACGGAGCGAGGCGGCGGAGCGCGCGCUGUACAGAGAGGAGCGUCUCUGAGACAUUAUUAUUUCAUCUCCGGCUGACCACACACUGAAGCUGAGGUACAGAGAGUCAGCAGCUGUUGGGGGACACACCGGUAGACAGGCGCGAGGUGUGGAUGCACGAGACCCGCGGACAUGUCCACGCUGUUUCUCGUGUCUGAUUCUGACAGAGCCCUUUGAUUUCCUCCUCAAAGAAAGAGGCACCACUCCCGAAUUUUCCCACAAAUCCAGGACCAAAUGUCUCCCGGACCUUCCCGUGGAUUGUAGCAGCCCCCCCGAUGCUGUGAGAGGCGUUCAGGUGCGGGACGGGAGUGGGACAAUUACAGGAUGAGUGAGCGCUACACGCAGCCCGGAUGUAAAGGAGCUCUACUUGUAAUGGUGCUUGUGAUCAGCGUCUGGGAGAUGACUGAGCCAACAGAAGGAGCAUCAGCAGCGCACCAGGUCCGGACCGGCACCUGCGAGGUGGUGGCGCUGCACCGCUGCUGCAACAAGAACAAGAUCGAGGAGCGCUCCCAAACUGUGAAGUGCUCCUGCUUCCCCGGGCAGGUGGCCGGGACUACCCGAGCAGCCCCCUCCUGUGUCGACGCCUCGAUAGUGGAACAGAAGUGGUGGUGUCAGAUGCAUCCGUGCCUUGACGGGGAGGAAUGCAAAGUCCUUCCUGAUCUGAAGGGCUGGAGCUGUGCUACAGGGAACAAGAUCAAAACCACCAAGCCGUGGAAGAUUUCCGGAGACAACGAGCAGCUGUGGUAACGUCAGAUGCUUCACAGCGGAGUCCAGGUGAGCCGACAGCUCUGCUCCCAGUCGGACGAUCAAAAGAAGUCACCGUUCUGUAAAUAGAGACUUCCUCUCUUCUGGACUGCAAAUCAUCUUUGGAAAACUCUGGAUGCUUCUUCUCUAUGGACGUCGAGGACUGAUCAUUCAACACUUCUUUUUGAAGGACUCCAGAUGAUCAGCCUAAUGGACAACAGGAUUCAUCCUCUGACAUUUUACUGCUUUUAGAGGAUACAACGGGAACUCUCCCAAUAUGGUAUUUCUAGAGUCCAAUGGGGGAGCUGUAUCACAAGUUGACCAGGAUGAACAGCAGGUCAGUUUGUAGUAAGCAUCGCAAAUAUUCAAUAUAAAAUAUCAUUAUGUUUUAUCAGUCAAAUAAUGGCUUCCUUGUAUAACAACGUGUAGUUUCAAAGUUUCACAUACAGAGGAAAAUAUGUGGCUUGGCAGCAGAUAUUCAGGGGGAUUUUCAAAGAAAUACACCAACACAUUUAUCAUGGUUUCAUACUGUUUUCCAUGGCACAGAGGGGGACAUCCUGGAAUUGAAUCUGAAGCUACUACACAUUAUGAGCACAGCCUAAUGGAACCAGUGCUGUAAGAAGGUAUAACCUGAUCAAACCCAGCAGCUCUUAACAGACAGGAAGUUGGAUUCAGUCGUGGUUAACUUCUGUUUGGAAAAUGGUUCCGUUGCUGUUUCCCUCGCUCCUGCCAGGUUCGGUUCUGUAUCAGCUCUGCAGGUGAACGGUUAGCUGACAGCAUCUCAAAUGAAACACAAAGCAUCUGGUCCAGAGUGUGUGAUGACAACAAACUGUUUUCCACUAGUUACUCAAGGAUGAUUUUUCAGUAGGUACCGCUGACACUUCCUCUGUCUGUGUAAGUGAUGACAUCAGUAAUAAAGUAUGGUUGUGUAACUAACGCUUGUGUAUAAAAACAAUGACUAUAGUUUGUAUCUCGUGGUAAUGCAAUGCCGGUCUGUCGGCCUGUCCAUCACUUCGGACCAACAACUUUUGGAUUUAUUGUCAGAAAAUGGAGCACUGUUGGUCCAAAUAGGAUAAUAUCUACAUUUGGAGACAUUUUCCUGUACACUUAAGGUACACAUUUGUGGUCCAGAGUAAAAUAUCCCCUUGGCGUCUGAUAAGGGCGCACAGGGCACCCUUUAGGAUCUGUAUGACAUACAUCACGUUUUAAUUAUCGACAAUGGAAACCAAUCCACGCCAAUAUUCGACCAUACACAAGUGCUCUGGAAAUCGGGACAUGUAAGUAAGUGGGAAAAGUGUGUGUAUGUAAUAAGUGGGAGGGAUAGAUACAUACAACAAUGGGACUUUCACCAAGGAGGCUAGUGUGUACGUUCAGUGUGAAACUAACACUCAUAAAGGAAUCAUUUAAAGUUAGGUGAGGAUGACGCGUAAUACGGAAACCUACUGUAUUUGUUCUUACCCAAACCAUGAUAUUUGAUUAGUUGAUUAGUUAGUAAGCUAAAUCAACAAGUAGAGGAAAAACUAUUGAGAGAAAAAAUGAAUGUAAAUAGAGAUUUUUUGCUGAUUGUGUCUCUUGCGUUUGAUCAACUGAUCCCAUCCAAUCUUCCAACAUCUGUAAAAUGUAAAUGUACAUUGACUUCAUUUUUAUAGAGCUUUUCCAGACAUUACAACACCUCAAACACUUUUAAAAAACGUCAGCAUUCACCCAUUUAUAAAGAUGUGUAAGCCUGCUUGUGAAUGGUGAUAUCGGUGUGUUUAACCAAACUACAGUUUUAGACCCUGAAUGUUGCUGAAAACA